GCUUGGAGAAGUGAAGGAUUACCACUGACAACAGCUAGCAAUGAUGCAGCAAAAAUGUUUGAUGCUACCCUAACACAGUACACAGGAUGGUAUGAUGACAGCAGUGUCAAUGGAAUUGAGGGCUCUGUCUCAAAGAUGUUAGCAGCAGAUCCCAACUUUGUAAUGGGUCAUGUGAUCUUGUGUGGCUUAGACCUGAUUUCAUCUGGAAAAGGAAUCCACACAGAUCAAGAGCUGAAGAGCAGCUUGGUAUCCCUUGAAGGGUUAGCUGCCAGGAGUAACAUCACAAACAGAGAGAGACUGCAUGUCAAGGCAGUCAAAGAAUGAGCAGAAGGAAAUACUGCCUAAGCAUGUCUAACGUGGGAAGAUAUAUUAAUGGAGAACCCAACUGACAUGUUUGCUUUGAAAAUGGCUCAAGACUCCUACUUCUAUCUUGGAUACCAACGUCAGUUCAGAGAUUC